UCAUGUUCAUCGAACUCCAUUAUCUGCGUAGGAUACACAUCUGGAUUUAUACUUCUCAGUGUUAUACAAGCCCCCUUUUCCAGUCAACGUUGAAAAUUCGAGUACAUUUAGAAGGCAUGUGUUUUUCCGGCCCCUGUAUCUAUCUUCUUAGGUCGUCAAAAGUGCUGGUUAAGCUGACAAAGCAGUCAGCUGUUCACGCUCUUGAAUCAUCCCAUCGUCAGCGUCAUAGCUGGAAGAAUCUUGGAGGUUGAUUUGGGAGAGAAAAGAAAAACAUCACAAAUAAGAAUAGGUCACAGUGACCACAAACACCUAUCAAGCCAUAAACAUGCUUUCCGCACCUGUAAACCUGCCGAAAUGGCUCGAAGAAAACUCUCACCUUUUGAAGCCCCCCAUCAACAACUACUGCGUUUACAAUGAGGACUUUACCGUCAUGAUCGUCGGCGGCCCCAACGCGCGCACCGAUUAUCACAUCAACCAAACCCCCGAAUGGUUCUAUCAGUACAAGGGCGCCAUGAUGCUCAAGGUGGUCGACGACGGAAACUUCAGGGACAUCAUCAUCCGCGAGGGCGAGAUGUUCCUUCUGCCGGGCAACACCCCGCACAACCCGGUGCGGUUCGCCGACACGGUCGGUAUCGUGCUGGAACAGAAGCGUCCCGCGGACGCCAUCGACCGCAUGAGGUGGUACUGCCAGAACUGCAAGGAGAUCGUCCACGAGGCGAGCUUCCACUGCACCGAUCUGGGAACGCAGAUCAAGGCGGCUGUCGAGGCUUUUAAGAGUGAUGAGCAGCUGAGGACUUGUAAGAAGUGUGGCGAGCUGGCGGAUUGGUGCCCCAAGCCUGGAUCGAUCCAGAAUCCGAAUGAGGAGUAAAUGGAAGGGUCUGUAUAAUGGCUUAGAAGUUCUGCGUGGUGAAACGGAUGGCCUUAUCAAAUGUCCGCGCUGCGAGCGUAUAUAAAAUAGAA